UUAUUAUUCAAGAGCAAAGCAAGCAAUUUCAGUAUGGACUUCUUUUAUAUGCCCGGUUCUGCUCCCUGUCGCUCAGUUAUAAUGACGGCAAAGGCUUUGGGAGUGGAGCUCAACAAGAAAUUGCUGAACGUCAUGGAGGGUGAACAGCUGAAACCAGAGUUUCUAAAGAUCAACCCACAGCACACGAUUCCAACGAUAGUGGACGACGGCUUCGCGUUGUGGGAGUCACGUGCCAUUCUUAUCUACCUGGUUGAGAAGUACGGCAAGGACGACUCGCUCUAUCCCAAGAAUCCAAAAGAACAGGCUUUAGUUAAUCAGCGGCUAUACUUUGAUAUGGGAGUGCUGUUCAAGUCAUUCUACGAUUAUUACUCGCCACUCUUUCGACUAAACAAGCCCGGAGAUCCUGAGGACUACAAAAAGGUUGAGUCUGCCUUCAGUUUGCUUGACACCUUCCUGGAAGGUCAGCAAUAUGUGGCUGGCAGCAAUCUGACAAUCGCUGACAUCGCUAUCCUGGCAUCCGUUUCGACAUUUGUUGCAAUGAACUUUGAACUUAAGAACUAUCCCAAUGUUGCCAAGUGGUACGAAAAUGCCCAGAAGGUAACACCCGGAUGGAACGAAAAUUGGGAGGGCUUGCUGCAAAUGAAGGAAUGGUUCGAGGCUAAAAUGAAGCAUCUAAAAGCCUAAUUUCUCAUAAAUAUACAAAUUAUACAUUAA